CUACAGGAAAAGUACCAAAUGAUUUGAAUGACACGACUUCGUCCACCAUCGUCGAAUUUGACCGAACAACUCCGAAGCAAAUUCGUGAUUUUGAAUUCAUUUUAACAUUUGGUGAAAAUGAAUUCAAUGAACUUAUUACGGAAACGCAGAGACAGAUGAUCGAUAAAAAAGGCAAAAGAAAAUUUCGUGUAGUGAAUAUUUUGAGACCACAAGUAUGGACUGAAACAAUAUCGAAAAAAAUUUUUGAUGAGCAUCACCUUCUUCACGGCUACCACUUUAAAAGUAGUCACAUUAAUCAGGAUAAACGAUCAGGUGGAUUCAAAGGUAAAAACAUUCAUUUUUUCAUACAGAAGAAUUAUAUGAAUUAAACACUCCGAAUUUAUAGAUAUAAAUUUAAUAAUAAUCAGUAAAAAGUAGGUAACUGAUUCUGAUAAGUUAAUACUUUUUUUUCAAUGUUAAGAUUUGGAUAAUGAUUAGUUCAAUUUCGUAUUAUAAUCACGUUUGUUAUCAGUGUAAUUCAUUUCAUGGUAAUUUUAGUUCGACCUCCAGUCCUUCGAUAUCAAUACUAUUUUACCACGUAGUAGACAUUUGUCGCCUGUAUUACCCACUAAGUUUAAAGAAGCCGGUCCUGUCCACUCCUGCUCUUCGCUGCCGUUGGCCAUCUCCAUCCGCCAUCGCGUCAUUUAGUGCUUGUAUCGUGCAGAGCGUACUGGUUUUUUCAAGCUUUGGCUGUCACACGUAAGUAAAUUUGAUUGUAAUAUUUACUUUCCAGCCAUGAAAAAACAUAAGAAAAGAGACCGGUCAUCAAGUAGUGAUGACGAGCUAUCGAAAAAAGAAUUACUAAGAAGAAUUCAUAAGUUGGAACGAUCCCAAGAAAGACGAAGGUCACGUUCCCGUACGUACUCUAGUAAGCGCCAUCGGCGUUCGGAGUCGAGCGUGCGUUCUCGCUCUCGCCGACUGGAAUCAGGUGACCGACGCAGGCUAACUCGCUCUCCCACACAGACGCGAAAGGUCGAUUCUUCCCCGUCGCGCCAUCGACAGCGCUCAUGGGUGGAGCGGGGAGAGCUUUCCAGCUGUUCCUGCGAUAGAAGUCGAUUCUCUAGUCGAUCCGUCGAGACUGUCGAGAGCACAGGGACGCAUUCAGCCCGUCGGCGCCGAAGUUUUUCUGCAGAGCGAUACUCGUACGUAUCGACGAAUGCAGACGCAACCAACAAUGAGGGAUUCAACUUGCAUGUUGAAAACCUUGUACGACCAAACAGUCCAGACAAUAUUACAGCAGAAGGAGGCCAUUCUCCGUCACUAAUAAUAAAUAAUGACGUUGAGCUAGGCGACGAUUUUUUGGCCAUUUUAGGAAGCGAUCCAAAGGAAUGUGGAAAGUCAACUUUCCAACUUCAUAAGGCCAUAUCCUCGCGAUGGGAUCAUAUAUUGUCUAAUGGCUUAUCGGACGAGGACAAACGGGUUUUAAAUGACCGUCACAAAAUACCAGAGAAUUUACCCUUGUUAGUGCCAUCUGAGGUUAACGCUGAAAUCUUGGCAAUUAUGUCAGCGCUUCAUAAAAAGAGAGAUUCUGGUUACUCGGCAAUUCAAAAUCAGAUUUCUCAUGGUCUUUCAGCUCUUGGACAGGGCCUUAAAAUAAUUCUUGAAGAGGGCAAUAAUUUUCCCAAGGAAUUAAAGGAAAAUUUGAUGACUCCUCUUUGGGAUUCAGGUAAAAUUUUAACCAAUUUAUUUUUUAGCCUAUCGCAAACUAGACGUACCUUGAUUUCUCAAACUGUAAACAGACAGGUGAAAGAUAUUAUAGAAAAAUCUGUUCCUGACACCUCCUUGUUUGGUUUGGAUUUCGGGGAAAAAAUUAAAUCUGCCCGAAUGCUGGAAAAGACAAGUAAGGACUUGCUGGCAACACCUGCCUUCACUAGAGUACCGAGUACCUCAACCAGCACUAAUAAAAAAUAUACUAGUGGCGAAAGAAGAGGAGGGAGGAGAUCAAUUCCGGAAAACCGAUAUCGCCCAGGUCGUCCAGGGAGGGGGACGAAACCUUACAAGGGCCAACAAUCCUCGAGACACGAGAAGUUCUAUAUUCCAGGAAAAACAAGUAAUUCCGCUCACAACACAAGAUGGCGAAGAACCUUACCCUGGUUGCAGCAAAAUUAUCUGGAAUGCAUUACUGCUGAAAAAUUACCCAGAAAAUACAUUACGAACCGUACUUCAAUCAUUAUCAGCUGGAACGCUUAAACAGUACAAUUCCACCUAUAAACUUUGGUGGGGUUUUUGCCAAAAACAUAAUGUUUCUGUUUACAAAUCCGGGGUAAGUGAAGUUCUACAGUUUCUUCAAAAUCUGUUGGACAGCCAGACUAUACAAUACGGCACCUUUAAUGCACACAGAUCUGCGCUAUCCUUAAUUUUGUCAACAGAUAUAGCUAAUGAUUUUCGGGUUAAGAGAUUCUUGAAGGGGGUAAGUAACAUUAGGCCUACUGCUCCCAGAUACAAUCAUAUAUGGGAUACUCGGCCAGUCAUAGCCCACCUCAAGAACAUGUUUCCAAAUAAUGGAUUAACUUUAAGAGAUUUGUCCAUCAAGCUUGCUUCGUUUUUAGUCUUAGUUACUGGUCAGCGAGUACAGACCAUAUCCCUCAUAAAAAUUGAAAAUAUAACCAAUUCAGUAGGAGGCUAUCAAAUUUUUAUCUCAGAUAAAAUUAAGACUUCAGGCCCUGGCAAGCUUCAACCUUGUUUACAUGUACCUUUUUUUACAGAAGAUCCAUCUUUAUGUGUUGGAUCAGUUUUAAAAUUUUACCUAGAAGCUACGGCAAAAAUAAGGAAACCAGACCAACAUAAUUUGUUUUUAGUUACUCGACCACCUUAUAAGUGUGCAUCGAAACAAACAAUUAGCAAAUGGGUCAAAGAAUUAUUGGCGCGUGCCGGCGUUAAUACAGAAGAGUUUCGCGCCCAUUCUACUAGACAAGCGUCUACGUCAGCCGCGAGAAGAAAAGGAAUUUCUUUGGAUCUCAUUCGCCAGACUGCAGGCUGGUCAGAAGAUUCCUCUACGUUUGCAAGAUUUUAUAAUCGUCCUGUUAUAGAUUCAUUUGCUUUUGCAAAAUCUGUACUUAGCUUGUAGUUUUCAUGUUUCAUGUGGUAUUUGGUUUAGAAUAUGUUUGAGUUACUUUUGAUAUAUAUGUCUUACUUAUAAUACAAUAUAUUUUCCUUAUCUUUGCAACUUGUCUUUGAACAUCUACGUGGUAAAAUAGUAUUGAUAUCGAAGGACUGGAGGUCGAACUAAAAUUAUUAGAUCAAACGAACUUACCAGUGAAGUUCGAUCCUAAUUUUAGGAGACCUCCAGUCCGAAGAUAUCAAUUCCCUCCCAUCCCAAUAUUUUUCAGUUUCCCCAGAGGUGUUGCAAAGAUUAUAAUUUAAACAAAAUGACGCGAUGGCGGAUGGAGAUGGCCAACGGCAGCGAAGAGCAGGAGUGGACAGGACCGGCUUCUUUAAACUUAGUGGGUAAUACAGGCGACAAAUGUCUACUACGUGGUAAAAUAGUAUUGAUAUCUUCGGACUGGAGGUCUCCUAAAAUUAGGAUCGAACUUCACUGGUAAGUUCGUUUGAUCUAAUAAUUAUUAAUAUUCUACGAUUUGUAAGUCAAAUGAAAAUAGUAAAUAAUAUGGACUAUUUCCACGAUAGGACCGACGUUAAACUAGUUCGCUCUAAUUGGUCCAAGCAAACAAAAAACUCAAUACCUCUGCGUCAAUUUUGGGAAAUUUGAAAAAUAGUGAAGGAAAAACCGUCUUACACUUUCUUCGAGACUUCCAUACUCAAUUCCAUAUUUGUUCCAUAAUUGUUCAUAUUUUCAAUUUUUGUCAAUUAUUUUGCACCUCGCAAGUUUGAUAUCAAGGGGUUUCUCCGACGUCCUCAAUGUUUGAAAAUCUAACUCCCAGGGAGUCCCGAAGGAGCUCCAAUGAUCCCGAAGGAAUCCCUGGGUCCUUCCGGGCAGUCCUUAAAAAGUCCAUACCUGCACUGAGAGGAAGUAUUAGUCGCAGUUACUAAAUUGAAUGGUUAGUGUGACUUAAAUGUCACAACUAAUUGUUUUUAGUAAACUCGACUAAAAAUUAGUCAAGAGGACUAAAAAUUUUGGGUGCAAGUGACUAAUUUGUUAACCGCGACUAAAAUUUUUCAGUUAC